AUGGAAACCCUCUCAAAACCCCUUUAUCCCUUCCCUCCAAACCUCCGUCAUUUCAUGACCCCGCCACUCGCCUCCAAAUUUCCGCCACCGGUCUUCCGCCUCACAUCCACAACCUUUCGACGAUUCGCCGCCGCCCAAAUCCACCUCCCAGAAACUACACUUCCCGAACCCUCAACCUCAAAUUCGCCACCCAAAGUUUCCACCAGGGCUAGUAAAACCAUAGAUGCCCAGCAACUUAAAUUGAACUGGCUUGACUCUCUCUCUUGCCCUUUUUUGGAUGAGAAUGAAAAUAAAUGCUUGGAAAACUCUGAUUUUGGCAAUGUCGGAUCCGAAGCAUCCGGUUGGGUCAUGGGUAUUGACCCGGACGUUUCUGGAGCCUUGGCCCUGCUAAAACCUGAUGAUUCUCCUCAGGUAUUUGAUUCUCCUCACUUGAAAGUACUGAUUGGCAAAGGAGUGCGGAAGCGAUUGGAUGCAAAGUCAAUCGUUCAGUUGAUUCAAAGUUUUAAUGCUCCUAUUGGAACCACUGCAUAUAUUGAGCAAUCACUUCCAUAUCCACAAGAUGGUAAGCAGGGAUGGUGGAGUGGGGGAUUUGGAUAUGGACUAUGGAUUGGAAUUUUAGUUGCCUCAGGCUUUUCCGUUGUUCCGGUCCCAUCAUUGUUGUGGAAGAACGAGUUUAAACUUGCGGGGAAUCGCUCGAGCAAGGAUGAUAGUAGGGAGCUUGCUUCCACUCUAUUUCCAUCUUUGAGUUCCCUGUUGAAAAGGAAGAAAGAUCAUGGUCGUGCUGAGGCUCUGCUAAUUGCUGCCUAUGGCAAAGGGCUGAAGGCGAACCUUAAUUCCUCUUGCACUUUGAAAGAUUUUACGCCAUAG